GCCCUUUGCGGAGUGGUGCAACCUGCAGCCCAAAGAUGCUGCCAAGAUGCCCGAGAGCGCCUGGAAGCUCUUUUUCUACACGUUAUCCUGGUCCUACGGCAUCUACCUGCUCUUCUUCACGGACUAUACCUUCUUCCACGACCCUCCCUCUGUCUUCUACGGCUGGCACAAGGGCAUGGAGGUGCCCACGGACAUCGCCGUCGCCUACCUGCUGCAGUGCAGCUUCUACGGACACUCCAUCUACGCCACCGCCUACAUGGACACGUGGCGCAAGGACUCGGUGGUCAUGCUCCUCCACCACGUGGUCACGCUGACGCUCAUCGCCUUCUCCUACGCGUUCAGGUACCACAACGUGGGCAUCCUUGUGCUCUUCCUGCACGACAUCAACGACGUGCAGCUGGAAUUCACCAAGCUCAACGUCUACUUCAAGCACCGGGGGGGCGUUUAUCACCGGCUCAACGACGUCAUCUCCAACAUCGGCUGCCUCACCUUCAGCGUCAGCUGGUUCUGGUUCCGUCUCUACUGGUUCCCCCUCAAGGUGCUCUACGCCACGAGCCACUCGAGCCUCCAGGUGGUCCCUAACAUCCCCUUCUACUUCUUCUUCAAUGUGCUGCUCUUCAUCCUCACUCUGAUGAACAUCUACUGGUUCCUGUAUAUCGUCCAGUUCGUGGCCAAGGUGCUGAUGGGGCAGAUGCAAGAGGUGAACGACGUGCGUGAGUACGACGUGGUGGACAGCAAGAAAACCGUGGGCAAGAAGAAAGCCGGUGAAGUGCAGCUGCUCAAUGCUGUGAAAGAMGGGAUACACCUGAAGAACGGACUGAUAAAAGACAAGCGGUUAUAAGGGAAGCGUCACCACUGCAGCCUGGGCAGCCUGGCAGGAUCUGGGCACUGACCCGGGCCCCGACACCCAAACCCAGCAAGCGGAAGGCACAAGGAGGACAUGCCCUGACCCCUGCAGCCCCUGCCCGGGCCGGGGAGGAGAUGCCCCUGCCGGGCACGGGCCCCGCUGGGGCCUGUCCGUGACCAGGCUUCGCCCGAUGCUCCCGUGCUUCCGUCACCAGUCGGAGCUGGUUCAGCAGGGAGCCUGGGGGCUUUGCUAACACGGUCCAGGUAGGAUUUGGAGCUGGCUUUAGGUCCCCUGGCCUUUCCUCUACCAUCCCGCGGCUCUUCUCAGUCCCCUGUGAUAUCCCCCAUCUUUGUUGGCUUUCCCCAUGGACGCCGUCUGAGCAGUCCUGGGGGUUCCUGUGACCCUACCGUCAAACUGGGGAGGGAAAUGUCCUCCCCUCCGUUGGCAAGGGGAGCCCAAAGCCAGCU